AUGGCAGCAGAAAUUGAUUCGAUUGAUCGGCCAGGCCGACAUGACUUCCCUGCUACCCAGACAUCUUCCAAUGAGCCAACGUCAACACCGACCGCUGCAACAUCGGUGGAUUCUGAUGCUAACAAGUCGCGGGACCGUAAUGGCCAGCGGCAUAAUGGGCAAUUCCGUGGUGGCAAGAGGGGCGACCGCGGGAGAGGGGGCAAACGCACUAGAGAUUUUGGCCGCAAUGAGAGAAACAAAGGCGCCGACAACGGCAAAGACUCGGUUGACUGGCGAGAUCGGAAACGUAGGAAAUUCGAGCGAGAUGAAGAGAGUGGUCGCAACUCGGGGCCUAGCUACAUGAAAAUACAGUUUCCCGAAGAUGAAAUUGCAGCUGAGGAGCGUCGUCCAAAGCGCAAGGUUGCUGUCCUGAUAGGGUAUGCUGGCACCGGUUACCACGGACUUCAAAUCAACCAUGAUCUGAAGACAAUCGAGGGAGAUCUCUUCGCUGCCUUUGUUGCUGCUAAGGCUAUAUCCAAAGCCAACGCCAAUGAUCCUAAAAAAUCGAGUUUCGUGCGAUGUGCAAGGACUGAUAAAGGUGUACAUGCUGCCGGUAACAUGGUUUCGCUUAAGUUGAUUAUUGAAGACCCAGAUAUCGUUCAGAAAAUCAACGAGAACCUCCCUCCCCAAAUUCGUGUCUGGGGCAUCCAACGUACGAACAACGCAUUUAGCUGCUACGCAUCAUGCGAUUCCCGAUGGUACGAAUACCUAAUGCCAAGUUACUGCUUGUUGCCACCCCACCCGGAAAGCUUCUUAGGAAGAAAGGUUUUGCAAUCGCUUAAAGAAAAUGGUUUGGAGGAUGAAUACGCAGAGCGCAUGGGGGAAGCCAAAGACUACUGGGAUGACGUCGACAAGACUUACAUCCAGCCGAUACUAGACAAUUUAGAUCCCGACGUUCGAGAAGUAGUGAAACAGCGUAUUCAUUCACCUGACAGGGAUACGGAACAAGCAUCUGGCUCCCAAACAGACGCGACUAAGACCAGCGGCAAGACAGAUAGCAGUGCCGCAAAUGACCCAAAAACCAGCGAAGGGGAAAUUUCGGUCACGGAUACACGGGCCGUCGAUUCGGAGGCGACCAACGCUAUGGAUACUGAUGAUGUCAAGGCUGCAGCUAAGGUGACAACAGAGGAAGCGACAGUUCUUCAAUCCAAAGGGCAGCCAAAGAUAAAGGAGCAGAGCCCAGUCGAAAAGGCUUUAAAAGAGAUCAAGGCUGCGUACAUCGCCGCUAAGCGGCGGUAUCGAGUGACGCCGGAUCGCUUGGAGCAGCUACAAAAAUCACUAGAUCAUUACCUCGGCACUAAGAAUUACCAUAACUAUACAAUACUGAAGUCUCAUGGAGAUCCCUCUUCCAAGAGAACGAUCAAGUCGUUUGUUGUGAAUCGCGAGCCAAUCCAGAUCAACGAUACCCAAUGGCUCUCCCUAAAAGUUCACGGCCAAUCAUUUAUGAUGCACCAAAUUCGCAAGAUGGUUGGCAUGGCUGUCCUAGCCGUGAGGUGCGCUACUCCAUGGUCUCGCUUCGAGGAGAGCUACUCGGCCUCCCGCAUCAGCAUCCCCAAAGCACCCAGUCUUGGACUGCUUCUCGAGCGUCCCGUGUUUGAUACCUACAAUAAACGUGCUACUGAGAGUCUCAACUUGGAGGCACUUAGUUUCUCGAACCACGAAAAGGAGAUACAGGCGUUCAAAGAGGAGCAUAUCUAUCGUCGCAUCUUUGAACUUGAAGAGCAGGAGAAUGCGUUCCAUCUGUUCUUUAACCAGAUAGAUACCUUCAGGAGCGAUUACUUCUUGUGGGUUACGUCAGGGAAUCUAGAAGGCUUGUAUCAAAGAGAGGGGCCAGGUGACUCUGUUCCAAAGGAACUGGAAAACGAGCUAGGUGAUGAGGGCGAGAACCCGGGAGGCGAGGAAGGCUAG